ACACUUCAAGCAAUAGAAAAAGACACCGGAAAAGAUAGCGUUUUCUUUUUAUGUAAACUUACGGAAGGGUUAGAUAUGGGCGGAUUGAUUGCUAACACAUUAGUGUUUGUUUUUCCUAAAAGUGAGAAAGAAAAAAUUAAUAAUUUGAGUGGUCUUUUGAAGAUUAACGAUUUAUUUUCUGAAACUAAAAAGCCGGAUUUUACUUUAACCCAAGCGAAUAUCAUUGCGAAAAAAAUGUCCCCUUCUUUUUUCGACCGAAUAUUAGCCGACAUUAAAAAUAAACGGCAGGCUAAACAAGGAGGAAGCGGUCCUGGUCCUGGUAAUCCCGGCUCUCCUGGCACUCCGGGCGGACCAGGUGAUAUUCCUGACAAUGGAAAUGGUCCAACCACACCCACACCUAGCAAAGACAAAAAUGACGUUCCUCCACCCCCCGAGGAUGAGGUUGAAAAUAGAUUUAAUAAUGACCCUGCCAAGCAACAAAUAGAGAAUAAUCAGCAACUUACAGAGGACGAAAAACAAGCGGCUUUAAAAUUACUCAAAACCCUAAUCUCUGCGGAGAUUUUAAUCGAAAAAGGACAAUUUAAUCAAUUAAUUUUUGAUGAAUUACUUGCAGAGAAAAAUAAGCAAUCUACUGCUCAUAAGACUCUUAAUGAAAACGAGCGAAUAGAUGGAGUUAUUGAAAGUUUAAAAAGCCUCAAGCAAACCUCUCAAAAUAGCAACCAGCCGACCCAGAAUAAAGAUGAAUUUCCUUUCUGA